AUGACUGUGGGCCAGUUGUUUGACUCCCAGGUGCCAAGGCGUUCAGGAAUCCACCGAAAUAUCCAAGGAAAGGGAAUAACAACUCCUACCUUGCUGCUGGCUUUCUCAAAAUUUCCUGAACAAGAGAGUCAAGAUAUUUCCCAAGCAGCUGAACGAAUGGAAAUGUCAAUUCAAGUACUGAAACAGAAUGUUUGCCAGAAGCGCAAACGUUCAUUGCAUCCAACUGAUCUUUUAUCAGCUGAUCUUCUCACUAUGAUUGCUAACGUUUCUGGAUGUCUGCCUUAUAUGUUGCCACCAAAAUGUCCAAACAACUGCUUAGCUAAUAAAUAUCGACUCAUCACUGGUGCCUGCAAUAACAGGGAACAUCCUAGGUGGGGAGCAUCCAACACUGCCUUGGCAAGGUGGCUUCCACCAGCCUAUGAAGAUGGACUCAACCAACCUCGAGGAUGGGAUCCCAGCGUCCUAUACAAUGGAGUCCAGCUACCCUUGGUUCGUGAAGUGACAAGAAAAAUUAUUCACACAUCUAAUGAAGCUGUUACUGAAGACAACCUAUAUUCUGAUAUUAUUAUGGUGUGGGGACAGUACAUAGACCACGACAUUGCAUUCACACCCCAGAGCACAAGUAGAACCACCUUCCUAACUGGAAUGGAGUGCCAGAUGACAUGUGAAAAACAAAAUCCAUGUUUUCCAAUAAAGUUGACCACCAAUGAUACAUUAGCUGCAAGUUUGGAUUGCCUGCCCUUCUACCGCUCAUCUCCUGCAUGCGGCACUGGUGAUCAUGGUAUUCUCUUUGGAAACCUAUCAGCACUAAAUCCAAGACAACAAAUCAAUGGCUUAACCUCUUUCCUUGAUGCUUCUACCGUCUAUGGCAGUACCCCUGCCACUGAAAACAAGCUGAGGAAUUUAACAAGUGAAGAAGGCCUUCUUAGAGUAAACAUGAAAUAUCAUGAUAACCACCGGGAAUAUCUACCUUUUACAGACUGGAUCCCAUCACCUUGUGCACAGGACUCCAACGCAAGUAGAGAUGAGAGAAUUGAAUGCUUCAUGGCCGGGGACAGCCGAUCCAGUGAGGUCACGUCUCUGGCAGCUAUGCACACGCUGUGGCUGAGAGAGCACAAUCGCCUGGCCAGAGCCCUCAAAAAGAUCAACGGCCACUGGACAGCUGAGACAGUCUACCAAGAAGCACGAAAAAUUGUUGGUGCUCUGCAUCAG